AUGGAGAGAGGAGAGUUCAAGGUGACCAUGAGCAAGCAGGAAGUGGUGGCUGCUGCCUUGCCAUUGCAAGAGCAUUGGCUGCCACUCUCCCACCCUGACUUGCUUCUUCCCCCUGAAGCCUUUGCAGAUGUUGAGCUUAAGGACCUUAACCUUUAUGACCCUGAUGAGAGCAUAGAGGGCAAAUUGGUUCCCAAGAAGAAGCAUGGGGUGCUGGCUGUCCAGGCAACUGAGCUCAAGUGUGGAGGAAUGGUGGUGGCAUGCUCGUUUGAUCAUCGCAUAGCAGAUGCCUACUCGACCAACAUGUUUCUGGUCUCAUGGGCUGAGAUGGCUCAGUCGAAAUCACUCUCUCUGCUACCAACUUUUCGUCGUUCUUUGCUCAACCCUCGUCGUCCUGGUCACAUUGAUCCCUCCCUAAACGACAUGUACGUGCCCAUCACAGCUCUACCACCUCCCAAAAACGACACUGAUGUUGACCAAGACCAUCUCAUCAGUCGCAUAUACUACGUCACAGCAGAGCAACUUGAUAAUCUGCAAGCCCUUGCAAGCUCGAAUGGGUUCAAAAGGACCAAGCUCGAAUCGUUUUGUGCAUUCUUGUGGAAGAUGGUGGCUAAAUCUGACACUAAAAUUGGUUGUGCCCAAAAAUUAUGCAAAAUGGGCAUUGUUGUUGAUGGACGUACAAGAUUAAGUGAGCGAGAAAAUUACCGAAGUCACCAAGCCUCACAUAUGGCUACAUACUUUGGAAAUAUAUACAGCAGUGGAAGUGAAGAGGGCCCCGCUUUUGUGGUGUCAUCGGGGCAAAGAUUUCCGGUUUCGAAGGUGGAUUUCGGGUGGGGACUGCCGGUUUUCGGGUCGUACCAUUUCCCGUGGGGCGGCAAUGCCGGGUAUGUGAUGCCAAUGCCGAGUCCGGCUAGGAAAGGUGACUGGAUUGUGUACAUGCACAUCUUCAAAGGGCAGUUGGAGUUAAUAGAGAAGGAGGCUGCUCAUGUGUUUAGACCCUUGACUUUUGAUUAUCUUAGUCAAAUUUGAAUAUUAGUGUUACCACAACCAUUAGCUAUGUCAUUAUCUUUAAUAGUAGCAUGAUUGCUGCAACUAUAUAUAUGUAUGUCUUGUUUGUAUCAAAAACAUGCAUGCAUAUGGUUCAUAUCAUAUGUUAGCCAAUUAUUAUA